CUGUGGGUUGUGAUGCAGAGAGAAGACGACCCACGUCUCUCAAAUUACUUUUGAGAAACACAAUAACACUUUGAACAAACACUUUUAGAAAACUCUAAUUUAAUUUUGAGCCUUUACAGAACGAUCCACGUUUGGGAAUCAUGAAAGAGUUUUGCAUCUUCUCCAUCUGCUUUAUCAACCUGUUGCUGCUGGAGAGCUGCUCAUGUGCUGGUGACUCAAGCGUUGUGAAUCCCUGUUGCCACUACCCCUGUCAGAACUCAGGAGUGUGUGUGAGGUUUGGUGCAGAUCGCUAUAAAUGUGACUGCACCAGCACUGGCUUCAAUGGAGACAACUGCACUGUUCCGGAGCUCUGGACCAGAGUUUGUCUCAUGCUGAAGCCGAGUCCUGCGUCAGUUCACUUCUUCCUCACACACUUCCCCUGGUUCUGGGACCUCGUCAACAGCUCUUUCCUGCGAGACACAUUCAUGAGAAUAGUGCUGACGGCCAGAAGCGACCUUAUUCCAAGCCCUCCAACUUACAAUAGCAAAUAUGGAUACCUCAACUGGGAGUCCUACUCAAACAUGUCCUACUACACCCGUCUGCUCCCUCCUGUACCUGAAGACUGCCCUUUGCCGAUGGGAACUAAAGGUAAACCUGAGCUUCCUGAUCCCAAAGUGUUGGCCGAGAGGUUUUUUAAGAGAAAGAGGUUCAGGCCGGACCCCCAGGGAACCAAUCUGAUGUUUGCCUUCAUGGCGCAACACUUCACUCAUCAGUUUUUCAAGACAAACCAGGAAGUUCAAGGUGGCUUCACGAAGGCUUUAGGACAUGGGGUAGAUGCGAACAAUAUCUAUGGCGACAACCUGAUGCGACAGCUUCAACUCCGUCUUCAUAAAGACGGAAAGCUGAAAUAUCAGUUAGUAAAAGGUGAGAUGCACCUUCCUACAGUAUCAGAGGUGCACAUGGUGUAUCCUAAAGACUUCCCUCCAGAGAAGCGUCUGGUCAUGGGUCAGGAGUUGUUUGGCCUCCUGCCGGGCCUCACCAUGUACGCCACCAUAUGGCUGAGGGAGCAUAACAGAGUCUGUGACAUCCUGAAGGCAGAACAUCCCACCUGGGACGAUGAGCAGCUCUUCCAGACAGCCAGAUUCAUCAUCAUUGGAGAGAUCAUCAACAUUAUAAUAGAGGAGUACGUGCAGCACCUCAGUGGCUACCUGCUGAACCUGAAAUUCGAUCCCACCCUGCUCUUCAACUCGCGCUUCCAGUACAGCAACCGCAUCUCUCUGGAGUUCGCCCACCUCUACCACUGGCACCCGCUGAUGCCUGACAGCUUCCUCAUCGAUGGAGACGAAAUUCCGUACUCCCAGUUUAUUUACAACACCUCCCUCCUCAUGCACUACGGGGUGGAGAAAAUGGUGGAUGCCUUCUCCCAACAACCUGCAGGACAGAUAGGUGGAGGUCGCAACUCUCAUGUGGUUGUGCUCAAAGUGUCAGAAAUGGUCAUCAGAGAGUCUCGAGCAACACGUGUGCAGCCCUUUAAUGAAUACAGAAAGAAGUUUAACCUAAAGCCAUACACCUCUUUUGAUGAAUUUACUGAUGACAUAGAAAUGGCCAGAGGUUUAGAGGAGCUCUAUGGUGACAUAGAUGCUCUGGAGUUCUACCCUGGCGUCCUGCUGGAGAAAACACGUCCUAACAGUCUAUUUGGGGAGAGCAUGGUGGAGAUGGGUGCUCCCUUCUCCCUGAAAGGCUUAAUGGGAAACCCUAUCUGCUCCCCUCAGUACUGGAAGCCCAGCACCUUUGGUGGAGAGACGGGCUUCAAUAUCGUCAAAACUUCCACUCUGAAGAAGCUGGUGUGCCUCAACACCAAGUGGUGUCCAUACGUGGACUUCCGUGUUCCACAAAAUGAGGAAGAGACGAAACCGAGGACAACAACUACUGAACUUUAAUUAAUGUUGCAUUCAUCUCAAUCAGUCUAUUACUAUACAGACUGUGGGGGACAUAUAGUUAUCAAUGUGUUGCAAGUUGUUCUCAUAACGGAGAUUUUAAUGGUACAAGUGCUAAUUUAGUGGUUUUAAUCCUGCCUGCAGCGAAUUACAUACUUUGCAUUAAAGCAGGUCUACCUCCUGAAAACCCAGCUGACAAGUUCCAUAGUUUCCUCUGGCGUACCAUGGAAAUGUAUUUUAAUUUGGUAAUGGUGUUUUUCUGUGUGUAUUUUUCCCUCUUCUUUUCAGAGUAAAGGUAUUAUGUCACUAUAUCUUCUUGAAGUCCACAAAAUAACGAACAUUACUGCACAAAUACUUUGUUCAAAGAAGAGAGUUAAUUCAAUGUAUGUUAAAAUGCCCAAAAAUAAAAAAUGUUCAUGAAUUAUAAAAAGUAA